UCCGGCGGCUGUGUGUAGUGGUGUCUUGCACCCAACGCAUCACACUUUGCAUUGUGUGCCUGUAUGUGUGCGUGUGUGGACAGCACAGAAGGCAAAUAAAAAUAUCAUUAUUUUAUGAAAACACACCCCAGUGAAACGGCCCCAUUGAAAUGGGAUGCGUGCAGAUUGGUCAUUCAUUCGACGGCAAGCAUCGAGUUAAGUCGCCCGUACUGUGAUUUCUCCCGUCCGGUUCUAACAGACUGGGAAGCCAUUACGUGUGCAGUAAAAUCGUGUUUCGUUCGUACCAGUUUUGUUUGCGUGUUUUUCCGCACUAUUUCCGAGUGAACAUACAAAACAGAUACAAUUAGCAUAUAGUUUCAAAUAAAGACACGAGUUCAAGAGAGAACCAACCGUUAAGAAAAGAAAGUGAUAAAAAAGGAAGGACAAAGUGUGACCCGAAAGUUGAAAGCGAAAGGGAAACAUUUUAAAAGAAAACAAAAUCACUUGCAAAUACGCAAAAACACGGCGGAAAAAAACAUAAACAUACAUAAUUGUGUGUGUGUGUGUGUGUGUGCGCGCGCGUCUGCGUUUGUGUGAGUGUGUGUUGAAGUGUGUGUUGUCUGUGACGAAUUUUCGUUCAAACCACUCGCAAAGUGUCGCUUCAAGGACAAUCGGAACAUACCGAGCUGUUCUAAGCAAAGCAUCGAAUUUGCCAAAAGAACAUAAAUUAAAAGAAACAUAAAUAAAAAAGCAUUUAAAAAGUGUGUUUUGAUAGUUGUGGAGUGAAAUUAAAAGAAAACAACGCGUAAACCACACAAUAUUGUACAGUAUGGCGGUACAGGUGGAUAAUUUGUUAUUAUCAGAUAUUGGCCGUUCCAUAUCGUUGGACACCGCGACACGCCUCAGAAACGCCGCCAUGAGUAAGCUUAUUCGCCAGGUGUCGAUCGAAACACCGGCACCGAAGUUGAAGGACUGCGUGCUGAACCUGGUAGUACCGGUUCCGGACACACCGGCCCAGGGUGCGCGCAUACUGGUCGUGUAUGCGGGUGCCUGCUACCGCAAGAACCAAUCCACAUCGAUCUCCUCCAUCAGCAGUCAGCUGUCGGAUACUGGGGACAUCACGACCUCGCUUCAUCUGCUCGCCAAGCAGAUGCAGAGCGGUAGCUUCACCAGCAUCAGUGAGGAAGGUCCGGACAGUGCACCGCCUCAGCAUCAUCAAACCUCGGUAGCGAUUCAGCACAACCCGCAGGCACAUCAGGGUGUACGGGAUGGGGCACUGUUUCCAGGUUUCGAGGUGGCUGGCGUUAUCGAGUCACUCGGCACCGAACUGAAACCAGACUGUGGCUUUAAGGUGGGCCAACGCGUAAUCCUCUACCCGUACGAGGGCGUCCCGCACGGUUACUCCGAGCUGAUGGUGGUACCGGACCUAAAGUAUCUGAUACCGAUUCCGGACGCACUGUCGCUGAGUGUUGCCGCCACAUUGCCGACCGGUGCGCUACUGGCACAGAGUGCUAUCAUUGCCGCGCACAAGAUCGUAGACGAACUGCUCAAAACCCGACCGGCCGAAAAGGUGAAGAUCCUGAUCGUCGGUACUGGGGGGUUGGCACUGUGGGCGGUACGCAUUGCCGCGCAGCACUUCUACACACCGGCCACCAAGGAUAAGAUACAGAUCACUGUUGCGAGUCUGCGAGAUGAAGGAUUUCUGGUGGCGAAGAAAUGUGAACGGGUAAACAUUGUCCAGUGGAAUGAGGAUCUGUAUGAGAAGCAACUGAUCGAGCGUACGCACGACGCUUGCGACGGUUUGGUAGACAUCGUGAUCGACUUUGGUACGACGUCGCGCAGCUUGCACCGGUCGAUGCAGUGCCUGACGAAGGGUGGCCAUAUCUUCAUCAGUGACGAGGUGGCCGAGAAGUUGUUGCCCAAGUUUAGCAAGCGUGCCGAGGAGCGUGGCCAAACGAUCGAAGCCGUACCGACCGGUACGAUCGAGCAGUUGCAUCAGCUGGUGAAGCUAGUUUCUUCCAAUGAGAUUGAACCACCGCCACACUCAGUAUUUCCCUCGGAUCAGGCCGCCGAUGUGGUGCGCAAGCUGGCCAGCUCGGAGAUACCCGGACGUGCCAUCCUGAAAUUCCAUGAUAUUGAGUAAGCAUCCCACAUCCUCACUGCUGGGACACAUCGUCAAGCAUAAAAUAGUUUGUUCCACACAAAAACAAAAACCAAAACCACGCUCUUCACUGUGAAGAAGAGAUCGGACCGGAUCGGAUUGUUUCUUUCCUGUUCCUUUUCUCCCCCUCCCUUUCGUCGUAAUAUCCUUCUUAUUCUCAUAUCUUCCGCCAUGGAUGUAUCUUUUAGUUUGUAAGCAACAAAACAAAACCGCGAAGCUGUUAAACGUAUCGACGCCGUAUAAACUCUAGAAGCAAGUGCUUCGGUCGAUCGCAGCUGGCAAUGUUUGCAGGUUGUAGGAAACCAAUGUAGGAAAACUUCAGUCAAAUGAAACAAAGCGUGCUUGUAAAGUCGCGAAAGCAAACAUAAACAUAUUCUGAAGGUGGUGUAGUUUAUAGCAAGACAGAAGGAAAACAAAAACGCAAAAAUAACAUUUGAUAAACGCAAGCUCAGAAUACAUGUUGAAUAACGUUAGGAAAUGGAAAAAAACCUCUAACCUCUAUCAGUGUACGUCCCAUACUAAAAAUGGGGCAAAGACUAAACCAUUGAAUGUAACAAUAGAACCGUGUAACCUGAGUGCUGUGACAUGAUGCAUCGGCAUGGAUGAUUGUGCGGGUGCGUUUUGUGUGGAGAUUGUGUUGUUUGUGUGUCCCACCUCAUCUGCCUGUUUCUGCGUAAACACACCAAGCAUCAACUCAUCAACACACACCAUCGCACAUUAUACGCACGCGUUACUCUAGCCGAUUCAAAUUUGUCCCCGUGGUAACGUGCAAAAGAAUGUUGAGGUUAGGUUAAACCUUUUUGUUUUAAGAAAUUUGCUGCAAAUUAGUAGUGCAAUGUGGAUUGUGUUUUUUUUCUUCUUAACUCUACCCUUCGAUGUUAUUUUUUCUGUUUUUGCCUUUUAUUUUCUUUGUACAAAAAAUGCGAAUAAUUACCAGACUCUUUUUUGUACUAACUUACAUGUGAUUUAUAAUAGUAUGAAAAUUUCGUCUAAAUAAUGAUUUGCGCUUCGUGAAGGUAAAAAUUGUAACACAAAAAUCUUGAAGAAAGGAAGAAAUGGAACGAGAUGCAAACGGAAGGAAAGUACAAUAGUUUUGAUGGGUAAGAAUCUUAAAAAGAAACGAAAAAAACUGUGUUUUUGCGUUAAAACAUAAAAUAUACAAGUAAAGAAGAACAGUACAUAAACCACACUUACACUUCACUAUUAGGCAGUAACAUAAAUUGUCGUUGCGAUGUAUGAUGCGAGUCAUGAUUAAGUGGUAGCACAGUAAAAAAAAACAUACACAAUGCAGUUGUGAAGGACUAAAGAAAAAUAAAAAAAAGCAUGAUAGUUAUGCUGUAGUAGACACAACAGGAACACAGGAAAGAGGAAGGAAAGGGAAUAGGGAAGGGCUGUAUGUUGGACUAUUGCGAAAACCCUCAACCCUGUGUCUAUAUUGUUUUUCUUUUACAUACACACCUUACACAAAACAAAUACGAAGGGCGGGUUAUAUACAGUGCCGGAAGAUGGGAAGAAAAGCAUGCACCCAAAAACGUUUCACGUGCGGUUUCGCUCUUCACUUUCCUUGUUCCUUGGUUUAGCGUUUAGUUGAUAACUUAAUAGUUUGUAAAAGUGCGUAAAACAUUAGUCGAACGAAAGGUAAUUAGCAGGAAGCUUAAACACUGUGAAUGAAUCAAUGCAAAGUGUAUUAUUGGUAAUGAGUUAAAGGUUAAACAGAAAAAUAAAGAACUGUAUAGGAGUUACAAGACAAA